AUGGUCACCACACGCAACAUGAGGAAGCGCAAGUCUGGCGACGCUCUGGACCUAGACCUCGACGCCGCUGCCCCAUCCUCCUCGCAGAACAGCCCGGCCGCCGGCACUCCCAAGCGCCAGCGCAAGCUCCCCGUGCGCGCCAAGUCCAGGAAACAAGCGGUCAAGGACGAGCCAGAGGCCGACGCAGAGGCCGAGGACGAGACCCAGGAUGCGAGCGAAUCCCCAGCCCCAGGCAACUCAUCAUCGCUGGUAGUUGAGAUUCGCGCCAAAACAGACGAAGAUGAGCAUGGUCUCAGCGGCAGCGCCGCCGAGGACAACGACCAAGACGAGGCCGAAGCCGGGGCCGCCGAGACCAUCAUUCCCGGCGCCGAGCAGCCUGCGCCUGCGCCUGUGCCCGAGCCCAGCCGCAAGGACACGAUCGACGACUCGGACGCUUCCGAAGACUCGGACGACGAGGCGCCCGAGGCCGUCUCCACCUCGGCCGCCGCCGCUGCCGUCUUUGAAUCUGCCAGAGCGGCCAACAAGGCCAUUGCAGAGUGCGUAACCUCCUUCUGCCCCUCAUGUGUGCUCGUCCGACCAGCGCACUCCCUCCAGCUUGUUGUUCGCUUCCCUCGGCUGUCCACCAUACUAACACAGCGCCAGGCAACAAAGAGCCCAGAAGCGCAAGCGUCAGCAGCGCGCCGCCUUCCUCCAGGAACAGGCGCAAACCCACAAGGCCGCUGA